AUGAACGGAAAUAACGAAAAAAGCUUUCCAACAGAUCAGUUGCGAACGGUCAGCAAAUUCGCAGGAGAGGAAUUUGGUGUUGGCAACAUGAGAACUGUUUUUGCUGGCGCUUCAAAAGACAAUAUGAAACGAAAAGAUCGCGUGAUCUUACUUAUUGGAUCCACACGAAAUGAAAAAUCACGUCUGAUUGAUUGUAUGUGUAAUUAUUUUUAUGGUGCAAGAUUUGAUGGAAAGCGAUUUAAAAUUGCCGAUGAAAUAUUCGAUCAAGGAAGUACUCCACUGAAGUCAAUUACUAAAUAUGUAUUCAACGAAACGGUCAUGCCAUUUCGACCAGUAAUUAUAGACACUCCGGAAAUUGAUAACGACAGUGGAUUAUCAAUGGGAACAGCAGUAAACCAAAUGUUGCAUGAGAUUUUUAUGCAGAACUGUCACAUUCAUAUCAAUGCAAUAACACUAAUCUUGCAGUAUGAGGAAGUGAUGAAGCAAUCAAGAAUUAAGGAUCAGAAGGAGCGUCCAAAACUUUUGCCCAGUACAAUCUUACUUUUUUCAUCAAGCGAUGAAAAACGACCAAGCACGUCCUCCAUCAAAUUACUUCUACGUUAUUUGAAUUUGAACUACACUAAAUACUAUUUUUUCAACGGACGAUUCUUGCAAGACAUUAAAGAAAAAGGAGUAAACGAUGAAGAAGCAAAGAGUAAAGGCAAGUCAAGCUGGAAUUUAACUAUGACCGAAUUGGAUCGUUUUUUUGAACAAGUACGGCGUUUAAAUCCUCAAGGAAUCACUACCAAAAGCAAGCAAGUUCCAGCGCUUACUGUCUUGCGCCAUGAUGGAACUAUUUUCCCACGAUUAGUCCCUGAUGAGAGAAUGCAAAAAUCUUUUUUUCACGAACGAAUUAUUCCUGUCAAAUUGAUCAGCCAAUCACCAGAAAAAUCAGUGGCAAUGGAUACGCCACAUUCAGCCAGAUCAGUCUUUGUGAAAAACUUGAAUUUGACAGAAACGCCAAUUAGCACACCUGUGAUUAAGCGCUAUGUUUAUGAUCCGAAAACAAUGACGCAUAAAGAGUAUAUAAUUAAAUUACAGCGAAACGGAGACUUUCCGGCUCGAGAAUAUGUUGAUAUGCAAGCUGUUAGCAUGCGCGCUCAACCUAUCACAGCAGCAGCAUCGAAACGUAAAAUACAUGAAACAUUAAUCAAUGAUAUCCCGCUUGAGAAUACAUCUGUGAGAUCAGGACAAGUGACAUCUGAUGAAAAUCAUUCGACAUAUCGACAUAUUGACAGUAGUCCGCCUCCAGAUUACGGUAUUCAUAGUGAAACUUCUGAGAAUAAUGAUAAAGAAGUAAAUAUGGAAAGUCCUGAGAAACGAACAGCAACAGCAAUUGAUAUGGAUCCAUACCAGAAGUCACAGUAUCCUAAAUCUGCAGUGCAGAGGCAAAUUGCUCGACGUACAUCAGGGGGCUUUGAAUAUACACAAAAUCUGGAUAACCAUGCUACUACCGUAUCAAAUAUGAAUAUUUUAUGUGAUACGGAUUUAGCAUGCUCAUCCCAACAAGAAAAAUCGGAACGAAUUCAAACUGAACAAGUAGUCGAAAAGCUGGAAGAUGGCAUUCUAAGCGCGAAAAACAUUGCUGAGCAAAGCAAUCCUCACAAGGUAGGUCAAGAACUGAGAGGUUGUUUGAUCACUUCUGAAAUAAAACGAUCAAAAUCACCAAUUCAAAUGCGUUUAACAAAAAACAAAAAGCAACAGCAGCCAUCUCUAACUUUUGCGCAAUCGCGGGCUCAACCAGAUGACGUCAUUGAGCAAGCACGUAUUAUGGAAUCCAGUUUCGAACAAGGAUUGCAGUCACCUCUGAGAAAUUUCGGGCGAGUACUGCAUGAAGACGAAGUAGAAGAGCAAUCUCAGGAAGUACCCCAACUAGUUGAAGAAGAGGCAACAGCGACAAAAAUGUCUACAUCUGCCUUUCGAACACAAAACGAAUCAAAUAAACAGAAGAAUCGACUUGUUCGAGUCGCUCAGUACAAUGAUGGAAUAUUUUUAGCAGCAGGAAAUGCUUUUACUGGAAGGUUAUCAGAGACUGGUACUAAUCAACAUGACUAUUUACUUGGUAUUCAAGGCUCUAAUCUUGAAGAAGGUCUAGAACGACAUCCAUACCAAAUGGAACCUCGGUAA